AACCCUGGACCCAGAGAGUCGGAGUACCCGGAUGCAGUCGAACACACAGAGCAUCCUCCGCUGCUAGCAUCCCUCUCGUUACACAACAUCAGAAAUGGGGCGCAGGAAGUCAAAGAGAAAGCCACCUCCAAAGAAAAAGAUGACCGGCAACCUGGACGUCCAGUUCACUUGCCCGUUUUGUAACCACGAGAAAUCCUGCGAUGUCAAAAUGGAACGAACCCGCAACACAGGAAUUAUAUCGUGCAGCGUUUGCCUGGAGGAGUUCCAGACUCCAAUUACCUAUCUGUCGGAGGCAGUGGAUGUUUACAGCGACUGGAUCGAUGCCUGUGAAGCAGCCAAUCAAUAGUCAUGCUCUCCCGUGACCCUCACUCUCUUUAAUCUCACUCCCGUACAUUCCCGCCCCGUGUGAUUGGUCCAUUAAAGCCCUGUUUAGCUCCCACAUUGUAGCAAAACUCUUCACAAAACUGUCUCAGCGUGACACGCUUGUGUUCGGUUCAGCGACAGUGUGGCUCGCUGAGCACGCCUCGUUCCUCUGGCUGGGCCAGGGAGCUGCCGUGUUGUCUACGUCAGUUUUCAGUGUAAAAGUAUUCAUGCGUCAGUGUUUAGCUUAUGAUUAGAUCAUGUUUUCUUGUUUUUUAUACCCCUCUCCGACUAAACUGUCUGGCAACUGACCAAAAUGUCCACCGUCGUUACUCUUCGUGUUUAUUAAUGAAUAAUGAUUGUUGUGAUUGUUAGAUAAUGAAGACGUGUUAAUUUUUUAGUUUUGCCUCCAAUGCACUGAAACUUAGUUUCACAUUUUUAUUUUUUAAACUGUCAAACUUGUUUCUUGGACCAAUAUAUAUAAUUUUACCUUUUUGUUUUCAAAAUCACAAUCAUGUAAUUUCACUACUUGUGUGUAUUUCACAUCCGUGUAUUUAGGUAAUGAGAAAAAUUAAAUCCAAACCAUUUUU